AAUGAUCCGCUGGCAAAUAUCAAACGGAUAGACUGUUCUUUGCUGCCACCUUCUUUGCCAGCCCUUAUGAUGAAAAUUCGGCGAACGCAAUAUGUCACAACAAUGUGGACAAGAGCUUUUACCAACUGUCCAGCGGACGAUUUGUCACCAACAGAUUAUGGGUGGUAUGUUGAUAACACCCUCCUAAAGCCAACCUGGUUUGAAGGCCCUGCCAUACCAGAUAGUUUGUUUACAGAAAACAGCACGCAAAACAUGGAAAGUGAAGACGACAGUGACACUGAAUCAGAAGCUGACGAUGAGCUAGAGAGUCUGUCAGAUGUAGACAUAUGGAGCGAAUAUACAUGCAGAUGCGGGAGAGGAAGACAACGAUUGAUUGCUAUUGACAUUAGUUUCGUUGGCCACAAUAUUCGUACUUAA